AAGUCGGACACAAAGCGGAGCAGAGCUUCUCUCUCUGGCUGACUGUGUGUGUGUGUGAGCUCAGAAAACACUGACAAAUACACCCAAAGCAGAGGAAGUCCAGCUGGAAACACUGGGAACAUGUGCCAUAUUGGAGCUGCGAAGCGAGCAGCUUAACGGAGGAGAAACAGAGGCACUACCUGGAGGAGGACGCUCCAGAGAAUAAGAAGGAGGAGAGCGGUUAAAGCUACUUUUUAUAUCCGAGUGAGGAGCUCUGCAGCGCGGGUAGCCUGGCAGGCAGGAGUCGGUCAGAGAGAGGAGGGAGAACGCGAUUAAAACGUCGAUUUAUGAGACUUUUUUAAUAUUAAAUGUGCUGUUUUAUCAGUUAACUAUCUAAUCUACCCGUUUCCAUCUCUCCACGGUGCUCCACCACAUCCUCCAGCACCAACCACCGACAGCAGCGUCACCGUCAGCCCGCAGUCAGUCGCUCCUCGCUGGGUGAGAGGAGCGUCCGGGUCGGUCGCUCUCUCUCCGGUUCUCCCGCACCAGUCCGGGGUAACUUCAACAAGCAGACUAUGGAUUAGCUUUUUGCCAUUUUUGUUUUUAUUUUUGACGCCUUUUUUAUUGUUUUUUUGGACAUUUUUGUCUCGGAGAAGCCAGACUUCCCUAAAAAACACCCGAGCAGCCGUUAGUUAGCCGUUAGCUCAGCCGUUAGCAGCCGUUAGUAGCCGUUAGUUAGCCGUUAGCUCAUCCGUUAGCAGCUGUUAGUUAGCUUAUUAACUCAAUAAAACCCGAGUUAGUGUUUAAACCCGCUAAACUAGCGAGUCUAUUAGAAGUUAGGUGUUUAAUUUAACACAUUAGACUAAUGUGAGUUAAUCUAAACUACAUGUUUAGACCGAUUAAAUCACUCUCAUUCCUCUAUUAGUUAGCCUAACUAGCUCGGUUGUGCUAACUAGCCCAGACAGACACCAACAUAUUGAUCUCCCUAAAACACAAGUUGGCUGUUGAUUAGCUCGGGUUAAAGGUGUUUUAGUUGGUUUUAAGGACACACAGGAAGAAGCUCAACAUCAACAACAACAUGUGUGUUUUUACGGAGCUCAUCUUUAAACCUGUGGUGCCAUCACAAGUCUGACAGAUUAGCUUUUAUUUUGGAGAUAUUAACCAAGUUUACACGUUUUAUUUCAUCCAAUUUGACGUCUACAGGUUCUCUAAAGACUCCACUCCACUAAAAUUAGCACUGUUUACAUUUUUAAGCAGAAAAAAGGACCCAGACUGGAGACAAACCAGUGUUUUUUUGGACACCAUCACCACCAUCAAGAGGGACCAGGAGAGUCUCUGGAGACCUGUAGGAUCUGACAGCUGUCUGCACAUCUGGCUGCAUCUACCUGAGACAUCACUAUUAAAGCAAAGGAAGGAUUUUUUUUAAUGCACUAAAUGGGAUUACAAGCAACCCUGCUGACUGCAUAUCCUCUCCUCCUGAAUUAGCUUCUUUUUCUGUCACAAUGAUGGUAGUUUGAAGGCGAAGUGCAGCCGGAGAGACACAACGACACCAUCACCAUCUCCAUCACCAUCUCCACCACCAUCCUCCAGUCGAUGGUCAGCCGCUGCUGUCACGCACUUUGGCGCUUGAUGUUGCUCACAUCUGGGUGUUUUUUGUAAUCCCCCCUCCCCUAAAAACAACCCCACAACGCGUAUUUUUAUCGAUUUGCUCGUCCCAGGGUCGAAAGAUGGCGGACCUCGAAGCAGUACUCGCAGAUGUGAGUUAUUUGAUGGCGAUGGAGAAGAGCAAAUCCACUCCAGCGGCCAGGGCGAGUAAGAAAAUCAUCCUGCCAGAGCCCAGUAUUCGCAGCGUGAUGCAGAAGUACCUGGAGGAGAGAGAUGAACUGACGUUUGACAAAAUUUUCAACCAGAAAAUUGGCUUCCUGCUGUUCAAGGACUUCUGUAUGAAUGAGAUCGACGAGGCCGUGCCACAGCUCAAGUUCUACGAAGAAAUUAAGGACUACGAGAAGCUGGACUCGGAGGAGGAGAGGUUGAGCCGCAGCCGGCAGAUUUACGACGGCUACAUCAUGAAGGAGCUGCUGUCCUGUUCACACCCAUUUUCUAAGAAAGCCGUGGACCACGUGCAGAGCCACCUAGCAAAGAAACAGGUUCCCCCGACUCUCUUCCAGCCAUACAUAGUGGAGAUCUGCGACAGCUUGAGAGGAAAGAUCUUCCAGAAGUUCAUUGAGAGUGACAAGUUUACUCGUUUUUGCCAGUGGAAGAACGUGGAGCUCAACAUCCAUCUGACCAUGAACGACUUCAGCGUGCAUCGGAUCAUCGGCAGGGGCGGCUUCGGCGAGGUGUACGGCUGCAGGAAGGCCGACACGGGGAAGAUGUACGCCAUGAAGUGUCUGGACAAGAAGAGGAUCAAGAUGAAGCAGGGGGAGACUCUAGCACUCAACGAGAGAAUCAUGCUGUCGUUAGUCAGCACAGGGGACUGCCCGUUCAUCGUGUGCAUGACGUACGCCUUCCACACCCCCGACAAGCUCUGCUUCAUCCUGGACCUCAUGAACGGUGGCGACCUGCACUACCACCUGUCUCAGCACGGCGUGUUCAGCGAGAAAGAGAUGCGUUUCUACGCCGCUGAGAUCAUCCUGGGUCUGGAGCACAUGCACAACCGCUUCGUCGUCUACAGAGACCUCAAGCCAGCUAAUAUCCUGCUGGAUGAACACGGUCAUGUUCGUAUCUCCGACCUCGGCCUCGCCUGCGACUUCUCCAAGAAGAAACCUCAUGCCAGUGUGGGGACUCAUGGCUACAUGGCUCCGGAGGUUCUCCAGAAGGGGACGGCGUACGACAGCAGCGCCGACUGGUUCUCUUUAGGCUGCAUGCUCUUCAAACUCCUGCGAGGGCACAGUCCUUUCAGACAGCAUAAGACCAAAGACAAACAUGAGAUUGACCGCAUGACGCUCACCAUGACCGUCAGCGCGCCGCCCACCCCCGCCCCUCCCUGCUUGAUGAAUGUGGAGCUGCCCGACUCCUUCACUGCGGAGCUCAAAGACCUGCUGGAGGGGCUGCUGCAGAGAGACGUAUCCAAGAGGCUGGGCUGUCAGGGCCGAGGAGCCCCUGAGGUGAAGGAGCACCAGUUCUUCAAAGGCAUCGACUGGCAGCAGGUGUACCUGCAGAAGUACGCUCCUCCUUUAAUUCCUCCCCGGGGAGAGGUGAACGCCGCAGAUGCUUUUGACAUCGGCUCUUUUGAUGAGGAGGACACCAAGGGCAUCAAGUUGCUGGACAGCGACCAGGAGCUGUACAAGAACUUCCCUCUGGUCAUAUCGGAGCGCUGGCAGCAGGAAGUGGCGGAGACGGUCUACGAGGCCGUCAACUCGGACACGGACAAGAACGAGGCUCGCAAGAGGGCCAAGAACAAGCAGCUGGGCCACGAGGAGGACUACGCCUUCGGGAAGGACUGCAUAAUGCACGGCUACAUGCUGAAGCUGGGGAACCCGUUCCUGACCCAGUGGCAGCGCCGCUACUUCUACCUGUUCCCCAACCGUGUGGAGUGGAGGGGAGAGGGCGAGUCACGGCAAAACCUGCUGACGAUGGAGCAGAUUGUGACGGUGGAAGAAACGCAGAUUAAAGACAAGAAGUGUAUCCUGCUGCGCAUCAAAGGAGGGAAGCAGUUCGUGCUGCAGUGUGAGAGCGAUCCGGAGUUCGUGCAGUGGAAGAAAGAGCUGACCGAAGCGUUCACAGAAGCCCAGAAGCUGCUGCGCCGCGCCCCCAAAGUCAUCGGGAAAGGCCGGGCCGGAGUGGUGGAGCUCUCCAAACCUCCUCUCACACACCGCAACAGCAAUGGCCUGUGAAUACACACACACACACACACACACACACACACACACACACACACACACACACACACACACACACACACACACACAUAUACACUUUUACACACACACACACACACACACACACUGCAUCCCUCCUCCUCCUCCUCCUCCUCAUCAGGACAUCUCCCCUCCCGAUUCCCCCCACACACACACACACACCGCCUCGCAGUGUGACCACGCCCACCAUUCUCUUACCAACACACACGCACGCACACACACACACACACACACACACACACACACUCACACACUCGACCAAUCAUAAGCGCGACAUCGUGUUUGUGCGUCUGCCAUGGGACCUCGCCAGUUCACGGAGAGGAAGGAGCAUUCGGAGGACUCAGCAUGUGAAGGACCUCUGCAUGAAUGUGACGACGCCUCCGGUCCUCUCUUGUCCGGUCUUUCUCUUUAUCCCUCCCCCCCCCUCGCCAUCCCCUCUCUAUACACCUGUACCCCCCUCACCUCCUCACUUCCUCACCUCCUCACCGCCACCUCGCUCUGUUUGGAUCUCUUUGGACUAAAAGAGAGAGGCGCUCCUCUUCUUCUCUCGGCGGCGGCGGCGGAGCAGACCUUGAGGCUUUGGCGGGGAAUGUAUUCUGUGAUGAGAGGAGAAAAAAAAACGGCUGCUUGACUGGUCCUCUCCCUCCCUCCGUUCCUCCGUUCCUCCGUUCCUCCGUUACUGAAGUGCAUAAAGUGCCAACAUCAAUAUUUACUUGAGUCAUCUGAGCGCCCUGGAGGACCUGCUUGGUGGCGGAUAUCGCCCCCCGGAGGCGGUGGCGGUGGCGGAGAUGGCGUUGGAGGUGGAGGUGGUGGUCGAGGUGGUGGUUGAUCAUUCCGAUGCAGAAAAACAGGAAGUAUAAGGACCCCCUUUCAAGAUUGGCUCUUGUACAGCCAGUUCCCAUAGAGACUGAGACUCCAUUGGCUGACAACAAACAGCAGCCGGUUGCUAUGGGAACCGUGAAGAGACUGGUCUACCUGGGGAUGGGUAACCACGGACAACGGUGUGACUAUUGUCGAUGAAGGCUACACUUGCAGGAAAAAAGGAGACGGACGGACGGACGGAGGGGGGAGGAAGUGACUCUGAGUGUAAAUAAGAAACCCUCUCUCUCUCUCGCUCUCUCUCUCUCUAUUUUUCUCUCUCGCUCUCUCUUGCUCUCUCUCGCUCUCUCUCUCUCUCUCGCUCUGUGCAUCUCCAGUGUUUUAGUCCAACGUGUUUUUGCAUUAUCGGGGUUCGUGAAUCUGUCCUGGCUUUAAGAGGAGAAGAAGAAGAGGAGGCUCGGGGGGGAUGGGUGGGGGGGGGGGUGGACGGGAAGGAGGAGUCUCGACAGCGUUCAAUCCCUCGCAGCGCUGCGUUACCUCAGCUGGACUGCGUCAGUUUGAACACGUGGAGGCGAGAAACCUCUUUUAAAGGGACAAUUCAACCCUUUUUCUAUGUGGAUCCGUGUUGAUUUGUAAACGUCGUCCAUCGAAGGCCAAGUCCCGCCCCUCAGAAAUGACAACGGCGAGAGACAAAUGUUUUUGUGAUAACUGAUAUCUGAUGUGAAGUUUUGCAUUUCUAACAGACUUGAUAUUAUGUACAGUAUGUUGCCAUCGGUGCAGAUUUCAGAGCCUUUAGAGGUUUCUUGUGUUAAAACGAGUCACCGGGAAACGUUGAAACGUUGAAACGUCGUCUGGAGACACAUUUUCAGCCAACUUACACAACCUCGUUAGCUAGAACUAAUAAAAAUCAGCUAGCGUCAUCUCCGCCAACAAAACCAGUCGGUAACACUUCAUUUCACCACAUAUGUCCACAUAUGUCAUAGUAAUUAGGUGAUAAUCAGCAAGUAAUUUGAAACUUCUUUGGAAUUACGGCCCAAUAUUUACCUACUUUAUUAUAAACAUGAUUUAAUAAUGAUUAGAUGCUAAAUUAGCAUCUGAUGGUUAAAAAAGGGGUUCCUUUAGGCCUGAGAGAAGCAGCUGGUCUUCAUCGGAGCUGGAAUCCAAAACUAAUUAUCAUCUAUUUAUCAGCAGACAUGGAAAUAAAGCAUGUCAAUUAACUCUGUAUUCUUCUUUUCCUGGAAAUGUAUUCAAUAAAUUACCAGCUAUUUGGAAACAGCAGAAUUUAAUUAUGAAAUAUAAUGUUUAUAAUAAAGUCAUUAUCGGGGUAAUUUGCCAGUAAUUCCAAAGAAGUUUCAAAUAGGUUACUUGCUAAUUAUCACCUAAUCACCAUGAAGUAUGCGGACCUGUUUGUUGGCAGAAAUGACGCUAGCAGAUUUUAAUUAGUUCUAGCUAACGAGGUUGUGUAAGUAGGCUGAAAAUUAGUCUCCAGACGACGUUUUAACGACUCGUUUUAAUACAAGAAACCUCUAAAACGGCUCUGAAAUCUGCACCGAUGGCAACAUACUGUACAUCAUAUCAUUCUAAAAGAGGAUAACAUGUGCCGAGUAAAAAGGCAGCAUCCUCACCAGUCGAUGAUCCACUCCGUCACCGUCGCGUCACAUGACGGCGCCGGAUGCAGUAAGAACUAUCAGCGACACUGAUCCACAUAAGAAAGGCAGAAUGUUCCCUCUCUUUAACGGCCCGACGUCGCGCUCUGUGUACGCAUGUUCCGUUUGUGCGCCAUCGUCGUCGUCGUAACAACAAAAACUCAUCGCCGCACGCCAUCAUCCCUCGUUGGGUUUCCAGUCUGCUGAGGAGAACGAAGAAGACGAGCUGAAGCUAAUUAAAGGAAAACUCCACCCUUAAAUACCCGAACAGAAGAGCGAACAGAGAGCGAACAGAGAGCGUUCAAAGAGCGAACAGAGAGCGAACAGAGAGCGAACAGAGAGCGAACAGAGAGCGUUCAAAGAGCGAACAGAGAGCGUUCAAAGAGCGAACAGAGAGCGUUCAAAGAGGCAUUCUAGAGAUCAUCUCUCUGAUGUUUCAGGCAUUUCAGAUGUUUCCUGUUUUAUUAUGAAGGUUUUGUUUUGUUUUUGCACUCUCCUACCGCACCCUGCCUCAUGUGCAUGUAGUUCUGUACUGGUGGAGUUGGCCUGCAUUUCCCAGAAUGCCUUGCAGGGAACACUCAGUUGCAGGUUGCACCAAAAGCAAAGCCAAUUUUCACCUAAUUUUAUUGCAUCAUUAUCGAUUAAUCUGAUAAUUUGGUCUAUAAAAUAGUGAGAAAACGCCCGAGGUGGUCUCCAUAUAGCAUGUUGUAUUACACCAAAUGUCCAAAUGAUUCAGUUUCCUGUCACACGUGACAAUAAAAAGCGUCAAAUCUUCACAUUUGAGAAGCUGCAACCUGAAAGAAAAUGAGUAAAAGGAAGCGUUUGACAGAUAUAAGUGAGCGUAAAGCAGCGGUAUGACGUCAUCAGGUUCUGAGAGCAGCGUGUUUAUCUCCCGUUGAAGUGUUUCAGGGUGGACUUUUCCUCGAAGUCUAAUUAUUGAUUUGAGUUUCUUAAAUGUGACACAGUUCAUAAUGAGGUUUUUAAUCUGGGUUUGAACCUCGUGGAACCUGAAGGGCAGAAACGCACACAGUCGUAUUAGAGAACGCACAGCGGAGGAGCGGGAACCGGAUCAUCGUUAAUUAAUUUCAGGUUUUUUUAAUUUUCCAUGCAGUGCAGUGUCCUCGUCUGUGACGUCCAUGCAUUUCCAGAGCUGUGAUGAUGUGUGACCUCCAGUAGGAAGAGGGUUCGUUAGGGGGGCAUCGUGAUUUAUCUUUUCUUUCUUUCUUUGUAGCCUUUAAACCAGUCAGGGGGAGAUAUUAUCGUCUUAUAGAGAAAUCGCGUCACCUCUCAAGGUGUCUUUUAUUUUUGUAAACCAAAAUGGUUUUUAUUUGUUUUCAUUGAGAUUUAUGUUGUUGCACCUUUUUAGCCCAAAUGUGUUACUUAAUAGUUGUUAAAUGUGCCAAAUAACUGUUGCUGAUUGAGUGGAACCAAUGGGAAGCCUCCUUUUUCUGAGCCCGUCUCGCCGCCACAUGUACAAACUCUGUGGUUGUGGUGGACGACGGGAACAAAACUGUGACCAAACAUUUCUCCAGAGAAGAGGUGUGUGUGCGUGUGUGUGUGUGUAUGUGUGUGUAUGUAUGUGUGUGUUUGCGUGCUCUGGCUUUCCACCACGUUGCCAUGGGGACUCUCGACACAUCGCCAUCAUCUUAUUGUGUGUACGCCAUGUGAGUGUGAGCGCUUCACUAUCUCUCUGUAUGGACUCUUUUAUUUUGGUGGUCAUACACUCAAACAACAAGACAAUUUAAAAAAGGAUGGCAUAUAGGAAAAAAAAAAAAAAAUCAAAGUAUAUAUAAAUAUAUGUGUAUAUGAAAUGAGAAAAAUGCUCUAGGUUUAUUUAAAAGAUUUAAUGUAGAAAACAAAAUGAAACUGUUCGGGGGAGGUCGGGGGUUUCGAUGUGAGUAUAAUUGUUUGUGGUGAAGACUUCAGCUCAAAUCUUGCACAUAAAGACUUUAGAUAUUGUACCUGCGAGUUCCAGAUGAUUAUUUUUGUUUGAAUACAGGACUCUUUGCUCUUUCAUAUUUAUUGCGUGUGCGGGGAGCUGCUCUCGCUCUCGCUCCGUCUCUCCUCCACGUUAUGAGAAAAAAAACAACCCAUCAGAAACUCUCUUUUGAUUUUCAUUCAUAUGCCACAAAACAAAACACAAAUACUACUGGCUUUGGGUUAUUAUUGCCAUUAAGGUUAUGAUAAUACUGAUAUAUAUAAUUGAUGAUAUUAUUCAGUGAUUAUUAUUAAAUUUAUUUUAUUUGGAUGAUUUUAAUUUUAUUUUUUUGUUGGUUUUGGAGACAGGUAGGAAAGUUGCGUGUUGGACUGCUUGUAAAAACAGUUCAUGAAUAAAAAUCCUUUUUCCGUGUUG